CAAUAAUAAUCUGAUCUCCAAAUAGAUCGCUGUGUGACAAAUUAUGUGAUCGUCUGCCGUCAAGUAGAUUGACAGAAUCAUCAGCGAGAGGACCAGGGAAUCUGAACAGUCCAAAACAAAUGAAGCUGGAGGACAGAAGUCCAAUUUCCAUAUCUUGGAGGAUGUCCUGACAAAGAUCAUGGCUUUCUGGCUCUUUAUCUCUUGAACGUCUUGUUUCACAUAUAAUUCUAAUAUGUUGACCCGGAACUGUCUUUUCACACUUCCACGAGGAAGGAGGUACAGAGACUCCUAAAGUCUCACACCACCAGGUUCAAGAACAGCUGACACAAGGAAUUCUGCAGGUGCUGAAAACCUUGAGCAACACACAUAAAAUCAGAUUGUUCGGAUCAGAUUCCUCCUUCAGCACUCUACCUCUUCCAUCUCCUAGCUUCCUUCCCCUCUCAUCUGAACUCACCAAUUUCUUGCUAGCUUGUGCUCUCCCCUCCCCUGACUUUUUUAAAAUUCUGGUUUACGUUCCCUUCCAUUCCAAUCCUGAUGAAGGGUCUCAACCAAAAUGCCAACUCUUCAGUUCCCUCCAGAGAUACUGCCUCCAGCAUUUCUAGAACCAGAAUCGGGUUUAUGUUCACUGACAUAGGCUCUCUCUGAGCAGGAGCCAGCAGUUCUGGAGAUACCCUCGAAGUGGGAAAAGCUUAGAGACCAGCUUGUUUCUUCGGGUGUUGAACCUGAUGCAAAAUGGUGUCAGGCUGCAGGCAGGCAACUACAUGCGGAGCUCACUGAGGAUUCGGAGUGCCUUCCUGCUGGUGGGCACACCUGGCCUAAUAACUCUUGGACUAAGACUGAAUGGAACUGUAGCUUACUGUGAAGAAGAUAAUGGCUGUCAUGUUAAAGACCCUGUGCCACCAGGUCCUGAGUUCAACUGGAGAGAAUUUUGGAGGUUCCUUCGCCCAGAACUUUCCUCUCUGAUUUGGGCUGUUAUUUUUGCCUGUGGAGCAGCGUACCUGAAUUCUCAGAUCCCGCUUUUGUUAGGGGAUCUGAUGAAUGCUAUUGUCCAAUGCCUGCGGACCAAUCCUGCCUGCUACUUCAGGAGCAUGAAAGUGCCAAGCACAAAGUUGCUAGGGGUCUACGUUAUACAGGGAAUCCUGAGCUGCUUUUAUAUCACUCUGUUGUCCAGAGUUGGUGAACGAGUUGCUGCUGCGAUGAGGAAGGAGUUAUUUGCAACUCUGAUCAGGCAGGAUGUGGCCUUUUAUGAUGCUACCCGGACAGGACAUCUGGUGAGUCGCCUAACCAGUGAUAUCCAGGAGUUCAAAUCCUCCUUCAAAUUGGUGAUUUCUCAGGGUCUGAAGAGUAUUGCACAAACAAUUGGCUGCCUGGUAUCUCUGUACUUCGUUUCACCAACACUGACUGAACUCAUGUGUGUGGUGAUGCCAGUCCUGGUUGGAACUGGUGCAUACAUGGGCUCCUACCUUCGGAAACUCUCCCGUAAAGCUCAGGAGCAGGUUGCCAAAGCAACAUGUGUGGCAGAUGAGGCACUAGGAAACGUACGGACAGUGAAGGCAUUUGCGAUGGAAGACCUGGAAACUGAGCUUUACUCAAAAGAAGUGGAUAAAUCCAGGGAUAUCAACCAGUAUCUAGGAUUUGGAAUUGGCAUCUUCCAGGGAUUAUCUAACUUUACACUGAAUUGUGUGGUUCUGGGGAUGAUCUGUGUCAGUGGAUCAUUGAUGGCAAAGGAACAGCUACACGCUGGAGACAUGAUGUCAUUUCUGGUGGCAACUCAGACUGUGCAGAGGUCCUUGGGACAAAUUUCUAUCGCUUUUGGACAGAUCAUCCGUGGAAUGACUUCUGGAAGCCGAGUGUUUGAGUUCCUGAUGUUAGAACCAACGAUCCCGAUAAAAGGUGGGCACCGGAUCCCAUCGGAUGCUCUGGUUGGGCACGUCCAGUUCCAUGACGUUACAUUCAGAUAUCCCACUAGACCUGGCCACUUGGUGCUGAACGGGCUCAACCUGACCCUACCUGCGUCUAAGGUGGUGGCCAUCGUUGGACAGUCGGGAAUAGGGAAGUCAACAGUAACAUCUCUGCUGGAGCGAUUCUAUGAACCAUCCAGUGGAGUGAUCACCUUGGAUGGACAUGACCUCAGGACCCUGGAUCCACACUGGCUGCGUAGUCACGUUAUUGGAUACAUUAGCCAGGAGCCUGUACUGUUCAGUAGCAGCAUCAUGGAGAACAUCCGAUUUGGUAACCCAAAUGCCACAGACGAGGAAGUGUACAUCGCAGCUCAGCAAGCAAAUGCAGAUGGAUUUAUCCGAAGUUUCCCUGAUGGAUACAUGACUGUUGUGGGUGAGCGGGGAGUGACUCUCUCUGGGGGUCAGAAGCAGAGGAUUGCUAUUGCUCGAGCCCUGAUUAAAAAUCCCAGCAUCCUGAUCCUUGAUGAAGCCACAAGUGCGCUUGAUGCAGAAUCGGAGCGAGUAGUGCAGGAGGCACUAGACAACAUCCAGAAAGGCCGGACAGUACUAGUCAUUGCGCAUAGGCUGAGUACAAUCAAAGGGGCCGAUGUAAUCUGUGUGUUGGCAAAUGGACAUGUGAGGGAGGUGGGGACACAUGCAGAACUGCUGCAGAAAGGAGGGCUUUAUGCAGAACUGGUCCGCAGACAAACCAAUGACGAACCUGUUAUGUGAGGAGCAGAGAGCUCAAGGAAUGGAUUCCUGGCAGUCGUUCACACUGAACUGUCCAUUCAAACUUAAUGGGGAAGGAAGCUCUAGGUCCAAUCACAUUGCCUCACUCACUGGUAUUUCUGACAAUAUGGACACUGAGAUUCCAAUAGGGAGCAAGGAGGGAAUCCCUCACUGUCCUCCACAGAUGUAAAAAUCCUUCACACCACAGUCCAUCCCAGGCUUUGCCUGUACCUGGAGUACAGGUGGGGAUAUGUCACUAUAACUCAGGUAUAGUACUGAUCAGUACAGGUCUGUCAGUGUCUAAUACUGGCAUACUACACUGUUGGAAGCAGAUGUAUCACUGAUUGUGUAAGUCUUGGGGAUAAAUGGCCCUCUAUGCUGUUAGAAACUUUUAACAUCAUGUAUCUGUAUACUGUUGAUUAUAAGGCUUAUUUUAUGUUUCACUUUAUUUCUAAAUUAUACUUUCCCCAGUUGAGCUGUGUUUGCAUUUAUA